AUGCCAGGAAAUCCAGUUUGGUGCACUUGUCAAGUGUGCUCAUUAAAAGAAGGUGGUGGAUCUUUAAAUAAUAUUCUAAGUUCUAAUACAAAUAUAUUUUCGCCAUAUAUCUUUGAUCAAGAAACAAAUGAGCUUAAUUUAAAUUGGAGAAAAACCUACCGAGAACUUAAAAAUGAUUCAAAUAAUCUUGAGAUUAGUUUAGAAAGUAAUAAUAAUUUCGAGAGUUGUUUUGUAAAUGAUAAUGAAUUUGCGGAUAGGUUGGAGAAUACUACAGAAUUUACAUAUAGAUUAGAGAGCAAUAAUGAAAUUGUAAAUAGAAUAGAAAGCGAUAAUGAAUUUGCAGAUAUAUUAGAAAAAAGUAUUGCUAGACUUGAUGAUGAGUUAGAAAACGAUUAUAAUAUAUUUAAAAAUGGAAUUGAAAGUAGUAUUGAACUUGAGAAUGAAUUAGAAAGUAGUAUUGAACUUGAGAAUGAAUUAGAAAGUAGUAUUGAGCUUGAGAAUGAAUUAGAAAGUAGUAGUGAACUUGAGAACGAAUUAGAAAGUAGUAGUGAACUUGAGAACGAAUUAGAAAGCAGUAGUGAACUUGAGAUUGAAUUGGAAAGUGAUGAUAACAGUUCUUUUUCAACUAGUACAACUUCUACAUCUUCUAUAUCUACAACUUCUUUGGAUAAUGAAGAAGUUGCUAUUAUAAUUCGACUUCUUAAAGUUAAAAUACAAAGUAAUCUUACUGAUGAAGCCUUUUGCGAGAUUAUUAAUGCUACAGUUAUAAAACCAAUGAGCUUAUAUUUGAAAGGAGUGAAAUGUUCAAGUAUUAAUUGCAAAGAUAAAUUUAUAUUACGUGGAUGUGUAUUGUCUUGGUCUGGUGAUAUGCCCGCACUUACUAAAUUAAUAGGUCUUACAGGGCAUAAUUCAUAUAGUGGAUGCUGUUAUUGUAAUAUAAUAGGAAUUUAUUCUUCUCAUGUAUACUAUCCCAUCAAACCACCAAAAGACAAAAAAGGCUGGGGACUAUUUGUUAAAGCUGUUCGAUUAUGUCAAAAACAAAUUAUAACAAAUAAUGAUUUAAAUAAAAUUAAAUCAUGCCUUCUAGCAUUUUACACACAUUAUGAAAAAGAAUAUUACCGUGGAAUAUCAGAGCGAUUAAGUGCAAUGAAAAUGUGUAUACAUGCUAUAUUACAUGUGUCAGAAAGUAUUAUUCAAACAGGACCGUGCUGUAUGACAUGGCAAUAUCCAAUUGAAAGAGUGGGUGGGAUGCUGCUUCCAUUAACAAAAUCAAAAUUACAUCCAUACAAAAAUCUAAUUAAUAAUAUUCACCUACUUGAAAUUUUCAAUUGCUUAAAGUUUAAUCAAAUGAUCUAUAAUCAAAUUUUUCCAAAAAUCCCACCUAAAGUACAUGAAGAACAUUUAGCCUAUACGGGAGAAUAUGGCCAAGACUUUUAUUUUCCUUCAGCUCAAUACAAAUUAACACAAAGUGAAUUAAUAAAAAUCAAGCACCAUUUCUCUACUAUAUACGAUGUAUCUGGAUUACAACUUAUGUCUUUCAGCCAAACAGGAACAAAAUAUGGAAGGCUUAGGACAAAAGAUGAAGUGGAUAUUUAUGCAAAUUAUCCAAAGCGACCAUCAGUAUUCAAGCUUCAAAAUUUUUAUGCUUUAGUUGAAUAUUAUCUGACUUAUGAGUUUGAAGGAUCUAAAGUAAUGUUAGCUUACAUUCAGUGGACAUCAUCUGUUGAAGAGGAUAGUAUUGGCAUAAAGAAAUUUAGCCGAAUGGGAUCAUAUGCAUUUAUUAAUGCAUCAGCUAUUGAUAAUUGCGUAGGUUUUAUUGAGAUUGACAAGUUAUUUUAUAUUGUGGAUAAAGAGGUAGAUAGCGAUGAAUAA